UGCUGGAUUUCCAAGCUUCCCUAAAUGCUGUGGACUAAAUUUGUUAGGCACACUUUCAGAGUAAGUUUCACCAUGGUUUGUGGUCCCCACUCUGCUGAAAAUGACCAUCAAAAACUUUCAAAUCGAAUAUGACGCCAUCAACAGCAAGAACAUUUUCACAAAUGGAGACACUAUCAAUGGACGGAUCAUCCUGGAAGCCUCUAAAGAAACGAGAAUCCAGUCACUUGCUUUUAUUGCCAAAGGAAAAGCUCGGGUUCAAUUUAGCGAACAUUACGGGCUAUUGGGAAAAGUCAACCCAGAAAUUUCAGAGGACUACUCGUAUAAACAGAAAUAUUACCGAAUGAAGCAGCAUAUCUUGAAAGAAACAAGACAAAAUGAGAGAGAAAUUAUUGGGAAAGGACGACAUGUAUUUCCUUUCAGUUUUAGGAUCCCGGAAAGAAGAUUGCCUUCAUCCUUCUCCUCAAUAUUUGGCCAAAUUAUUCACACCUUAAAAGCCACGCUUAAACAGUCAAUGAUGCCAGCAAAAAAAGCUAAAACCCACUUCACAUUUGUCUCCAAAGCAGAGAUGAAUUUACCAGGGAUCACGGUUCCUCAACAUAAAAGCAAGGAGAGAAAUAUUGCUUUAAACUCUGGAAUAGUUUUAUUGGAUGUCUACACAAGGCAGAUGGGAUACAAAGCUGGUGAUGACCUCCGUGUCACAACUAAAAUCACCAAUCUUUCAAAUCGUUCAGUCAACGCCAGAUUUGUACUGGACAAGAAAAAGACGUACAAUGGAGGAGACUAUCUAAAAGUUGAAAAGCACAACAUCCUUCAGGAAAAAGCUGGUGCUGUUAAGUCAUGGGGCGGCACAGAAGUCGUGACAAAGGUGUUUACCAUCCCCAGAGAGCUACCUCCAUCCAUUUUGGUUUGUCCUAUCAUCAAGCUGGAGUAUAGGCUGAAGGUAUAUCUUGACAUCACAUUUGCUUCAAAGAUGGUGCUUAAACUCCCCAUCGUCAUCUUGCCUGAGCUGUCAGAUGAAAAUCUCUUACCUCCUUCCAGUGGCUUCAGAUAUGAAGAGAUUGGAACCUCGUAUGAUCCAGCCUGGAUCACUGGACCACAAUCUAUUGAUCCUCCACCCCCAUAUGACGCAGCUGCAUUGUACCCCUUGUUCCCUUCUUCAGAUUAUACAACUGCGUUUUAAACGGCUGCUUUACCGGGAGAUGCAGGGAUGUUUGGAUGAUGGAGACGCAGGACUGUCAAACUAGUCUUCUUCACUUUAACACCUAUGCAAUCCAAAGUGGAUGACUGUGUCUACACACAGCCAUCAAUGCUGGUUCCUGCAUAUGUAAGCAAAAGCGCAUUGUUUCGAAAUAUUUAAAUUUUCGUAGACACUGUUUUUUUUUUAAAUAUGGUCCCAUAUGAAGGCAGCAACAGUGUUACAUUUUUUGUUACAUUUCUUACAUCCACAAAUAUGAAUAACCUUAAAACACCAAGAUUAUGAUGUUCCAGGGUCUAUAUGACCCGUUCUGCUGUGUCGCACCUUGCUCAGUGCUAUCCCUCCAUCCAUCCUCUAACCUGAUAUCUUGAAGUUCUCAGAUCUAGCUACUAAAUGCUACCUUUGACAAAGUGGAGCACCAUCUUAUCAGGACUUAGAUGAUGCUGAGGGAUUAGAAUUUCUGCUAAACAAAGGUUCGUUUCAUUUCGAAAGACAAAGCUUUCCAGACGACACUCAAAUCUAACUGGGUUUAAGAACAAAGGAGUUUCAACCUUUGUAGGUCCAUUUGGAUAAAAUCUAACAGCUGGCUUUCAAUCUGGUUUGCAGUGAACAUAACAUAUUCUUUUUUUAUAUUAUAGUAAUUACACUAGAGGCCAUGCUGACACAAAAUGCCUCUAUUGCU